AUGUCAGACUAUGAGGACGAGAUGGAGGUGGAUGCGCCAUCUAAGGAUGUUCAAUUCAGCUCCGAUAAUGCUAGUGGAAAGAGGAGGACGGCGGCCGAUCUCCCCGUCGCAGCUCAAGACAACCUUCCUUGGGUCGAGAAAUAUCGCCCCAACAGCCUAGAUGAUGUCUCCGGCCAUCAAGAUAUCCUAGCCACAAUCAAUCGAUUUGUCGACGCCCAUCGUCUACCUCACCUUCUUCUCUACGGACCCCCCGGUACCGGCAAAACUUCAACUAUUCUUGCCUUAGCACGACGGAUAUAUGGCCAAAAAAACAUGCGACAAAUGGUGUUGGAGCUGAAUGCCAGUGAUGACCGUGGCAUUGAUGUUGUACGAGAACAGAUCAAAACCUUUGCCAGCACAAAACAGAUCUUCUCCAUGGCCCCGCAGUCUAGCGGCAGCUCCUCUCUCGCGGGCUUCAAGCUGAUCAUCCUUGAUGAGGCCGAUGCCAUGACCUCGACCGCCCAGAUGGCGCUCCGCCGCAUCAUGGAGAAAUACACUGCCAACACCCGAUUCUGUAUUAUUGCCAACUAUACCCACAAGCUCUCCCCGGCACUGCUCUCCCGAUGUACCCGAUUCCGAUUCAGUCCCCUCAAGCCGGCCGACAUUCGAGUGCUCGUUGACCAGGUGAUUGAGAAGGAGAACGUUCGCAUUCAAUCGGAGGCGGUUGAUAGUCUGGUGACGCUAAGCAAGGGCGACAUGCGUAGGGCGCUGAACGUCCUCCAAGCCUGUCAUGCUAGCAGUAUUCCCCUCCCGAUGCGAGAUGCGCCAAAUGUGCCCCGGCCGGAGCCCGAGACGAUUACGAAUGCCACCAUUUACGACUGCAUUGCCGCGCCGCACCCGGCUGAUAUCCAACAGAUCAUGACGACCAUCCUCUCCACGAGUGACGUAACCUCGUGCCUCAACACCGUCAACACGCUGAAGGCGACCAAAGGUCUAGCCUUAGCAGAUAUUCUGUCGGCGCUAGCCGAUCAACUACAACAACUCGAGGUACCAGCACAGACACGAAUCACCUGGUUAGAAGGGCUGGCGGAGAUCGAGUGGCGUCUCUCCGGCGGCGGAUCCGAAGCCGUGCAGACUGGCGGGAUGGUGGGCGUGGUUCGGAAUGGCUGUGAAUUGAUGGGUGACAAAGGCAUCCCAGUAGCGUGA